AUGAGAUAUAUACGGUUUACAACAGAUAUUGCCAAAGAUAUACAAGAUAUCCUAAAAAGUAUCCACGCUAAAUACCAUUGUCUAACAGGGACGAUUGGAUACUUACCGCCAGAAUUUAUUAAUUAUCAAGUAAUCUCAAAGGAGUAUGAUAUAUACAGUUUAGGUGUUGUAGUUACAAAAAUAGUCACUGGAACUACAGGCUACUCAGAUGUUGCCGAUAUGGGUGCCCAGGAAUUUGCUGAACAUGUUCAUGAGAACUGGAAAAAAUAUCUACAAGAGAUACCCAACUAUGCAUCACUUGAAGUAGACUGUAAACAAGUGAAAAGAUGUAUCGAGAUUGCAAGAAGGUGCAUGGAGAAUGAUCCACAUAAAAGGCCUAAAGUAAAGGAUAUUGUGAGUCAAUUGGAUGAGAUUGAGAUGGAAAAUUUUAAACUUGAUGAGUCAGCGGUGAUGGAACAGGGCCUUCCGAUGAUCGUUACGGUGCGUGCCCAAUCAAGAUUGUUCAGUUACUUCCUCCGGCGUGCAAUUUGGGAUGAUCCUCUCUUGGGUCUCCAUCUCCACGUUCUGGUGCAUCCUCUAUUCGGCUACGGCAAGUUCGAGUUCCGCUUCCUCCACGAGGCCCCGUCCCCUGUCGAGCGCAGGAUCUGCGAUGCUUGUGGCGAGCCCACGCGCGGUUACGUCUACCACUGCUCCGAGCAAGACCACGACCUCCACCAGUGCUGGGCCUCUCUGCCGGUCCGCUUUCUCCAGGACGGCCGUGCCUUCGACCUCCACCGGAGGGCAUCGCGGCCGUGUGCCUUCUGCCCAGAUAAUGAGGGCCGCCGCCGUAGGUUCUGGGCGUACCUCUGCUACGUGGACGGCGACGCUGUUGACCUGCACGUGGCGUGCCUCAAGGAAAGUGAACUCAAGGAAACGGCUCGCCGCAGCUGGGAGGCCUACUACCGUAAGCAGGACGUGGGUGACGGCGCCAUGAAUUUCGACAGCAUGCUUGAAAACAUGUUUAGCAGCAGCAUCGGGUUCCACAAGUUUGGCAAGAUUGCAGGGACCCUUGCUAGUUUCAUCACGGCGCUGGUUUUUGGGAACCUGAUUGUAAAGAUGUAG